AUGUCCAAGAACUUGUCCCUUUACGCAGUUGAUGCCUUUUUAAUAUUAGAUAACGAAGGGAAAAGACUAUAUGCUAAAUACUAUAAAGCACCACACAAGACUGAACAAGAAUUUGAAGCAUCUCAAUUUGCUACUUUAAAAUCACAAAAGGCAUUUGAAAAAUCUCUAUUCGCUAAAUCUUAUAAACAAAACGCAGAUAUUAUACUCUUUGAAGAUCAUAUCGUGGUAUAUAAGGAAGUUUCUGAUGUGGUGAUAUAUUUAAUUUCUGGAUUAGAUGAAAAUGAAUCAAUUUUAUUUCAAACUUUAGAAGGUUUUAAAGAUGGUUUAGAUAAAGUUUUGAAUUAUCAAUUGGAUAAGAAAACUAUCCAAGAAAAUUUUGAUAAAGUUAGUAUAGCUGCUGAUGAAACUAUUGAUGAUGGUAUUAUCUUGGAAACUGAAUCUUCUGUUAUAGCUGCAAGAACUUCAAAAGCUCCAACUAAUGAACCAAGCUUGAAAAAUAUUGAUUUAAGUGAGAAAGGUUUAUUCAAUGCUUUCAAUUUCGCAAGAGGUAAACUUGCUGAAAGAAUUCAACAAGGUCUUUAA